CUUGCAUACCAAGACCGCAAAAGGGUGACUUUCCUUUCGAUUUUACUAUUUGUACAAAGGCCUUGAUUCAUCCCAUCCUCGCCCCUUCGAUUUCCUACUUCCCCAAUAAAAAAUCUCGACACCCAUUUCAUUUGAUUUGAUUGCGUGCGUUGCGUCUGCUUGAAGGGUUUCUAUCAGCUCUGGUGAGGUUUCUAGUCCCACUGAAGUUCUCCGUGUACUUUUCAGAGGUUAAACGUCCUGCGUAUGUAAUAAAUUGUGUCUUAUUGGCUAAGGGUACUCGUUUUAUAUGAUUCAUAGCUAAGUUUGAUGCCAUUUCAGUUCUAUUUUCAUCGGUAUGGUUGGUGCAUUGCAGAGUGAGAUUUUUUUUUUUUUUCUUUUAAUGUGGCAUUUGAAUACUAUGGCCAUUUUGAGAGGAUCCUCAAGUCCGUUUAGCUGCUGUUUGUUUUCACCAUGAAAUUGACAACCCUUAUCUUCAUUUUUUCAACUUUCCCUCCUGUUGAACAAUGCAAGAUGUUAUAGACAAUUAAACAAGUAAACAAUUUUAAAUUAAUUUAGUAUAUAUGUCAUAAAUAUGGCUUCUUCUUGGCGUCAUUUUCAUUAAAUUCAUUAUUGUGUAUCAUUUUUAUUUUUAUUCAAGCCACCGAUGGUGGCGGUGGUGGUGUGUUAUUUUGAUAAUUGUGUUAUUAUUGUUGUUGUAGGCAUUUCUAUAAUCUCUUCUCCUGAUCUUUUAGAGAGAGAAAGAGAGAGAGAGAGAGAGAGAGAGAGAGAGAGGGUAUAUUCGUAAGAUUUUAGGGUCCUUUAUUUGGAUGACAAAGGAAUUUUUCAAUCCUUGGGAGCAAUCAUUUAAGUUCCACUUUUUAUUGUUCUCAUCUACAUGGGUUUUUGUUAGUCUAUAAUUUCAACAUGUACUUUGCACUUUGCAGUUCUCCUUUAUUUGCCUUAGUCACUGAUAUCCGUAAAACUUGCAGGAACAACCAUGUAAUUGAUAUGUCUUUGCUAUGAGAGUGAAAAUAGUAAAUGUAAUUGGACUUGGGGCAGGUUCACUUUAUAUGAUUAUUAGUAUGUGUGUGUGUGUGUGUGUGUUUUCCUUUUUCUUUUUCUUUUUUUCUGUCCCUCUCCUUCUCUUUCUCUAUUGCUUUUUUCCUCAGUAUGAGGGAGAUUCUCGAUGCUGUAUUCAAUAGGUUGGCUGUAGGAUUUACCCUGGAUAGGCUUAGGGGGUGAGUUACUGAAUCAACCAAACAUUAAAAUGUAAUCUUGGAUGUUGUCCAUCUUUACCAUUCAGUUGAGAAGUCACAUUUUUUUUUUACAUGGUGAGGGAAAAACAUGUCAUGGUUGGGAAGUGAAAUCUAGUUUUGAUAUUUGAUGAUGUGUUACUUGAUGUUUUUUUUUGGUCAAUUGGAAGCCACACUAGGCUUGAGCUACCCAAUGGGAGGUAGCCUAUCUCCUGUCCCAUGCCCCUUUCCCCCUCUUUUAGGAUUUGAAUCGAGGCUUCCAACAUGGAAAUUCCAAACUUUAUUCACUACGACGUCUCCUAGGAUACUGCUACUUGAUGUUCUGAUAUAUUGUAAUUAAGAUUCAUUUUAGGCUUAUUUUUGUUUGGUUACAUUAGAGACUUUUGAGAAUCAAUUUUGUGAAAAAGCAACUUCAGUAUGUUUGGGUAUUUCAUGAUAUGAAAUGACCUCUCAGUGCAAAUGUAUGUACUCUUGUCAGUUUAUUUGAUAGUGAUGUAUAUGUUUGAUUGGCUGCACAAAUCAUUGCCUAAAAAUAAACACCAUGUAAAGUGAUUGGCAUGCUUUGUGCUUGCUGGGGAUAUUCUUUUUUUUUGGGGUGGGGGGCGGGUUCCAAUCAGCAUUAUGUUUCUCAUUAACUUUUUUAUUUUUAAAAGCAUUUUUGUUUGAUACUUUUUUUCUUCGCUUAGUAUUUGAUACUUUAGUUUUUCUUUGAUACAUUUCAUAUACAAGAGCAAAACAUUGGCCAUAGUCAUUCACCAACUUCUAUGGAGCUGCCUGGGCAUGGCUUCUGCCAUAUGUGCUUCUUAAGAAAUUAAGUUUGAAGCUCUCGCCUGAUCUUCAUAUUUUGAUGCUCUUAAAUGAGCUGGAGUAAGUUUGCAGAUCACUUGGUCUUGUUCUUGGACAGUUCAUUGACCCGCCUUAAUUUUCAUUUUUCAGAGAUUUUCAGUUAGUUAGAAGAUAAAUUUUAGAGCUUUCACCAUCUGUUCUACCUUCUUUGAAACUUUGGAAAAGGCCUUCUUCUAUUCUUUUGAGUUCCGCAUAAUUUGUUGUCACCUCCUCCAGGAGGGGAGACGAAAAUGUCAUUGUUGAAAAUGAUCACACUGGGCUAAUAUAUUUAUCUUCUUAUUUUAUUUUUCAUUAUUUGGAUAUGCAAAUUCUUUGGAGCUGCCUGGUGUGGCUUCUGCUAUAUAUGCUUCCUAUGACAUUAGCUUUGAAACUCAAGCCCAAUCUUUGUCUUUUGACACUCAUAAAUGAGUUGGAGUAAGCUUAUAGAAAACUUGGUCUUGUCCAUGGACAGUUUGUUCAUUAGCCCCCCUUAAUUUUCAUCUUUCUCAGAGAUUUUCAAUUGGAUAGAAGACAUAUUUUAGAGCUUUCACCAUAUGCUGUAUCUUCUUUGGAAUUCUGGAAAAGGCUUUGUUGCAUUCUGUUGAGUUUUGUAGUAUUUCUGGAUAUUUUUUUACUGUUUUUUUGCCUCCAAUAGGAGGGAAGAGAAACACAUUUCAUUGUUGAAAAUGAUCACACUGGGUUAAUAUAUUUUAUCUUUUUAUUUUGCUAUUCCUUAUGUGGAAAUACACCUCUUCGUUAUUAUGCAUUGCAUGCAAACAACAUUGAGCAUAAUAAAGGACUUGAUUUAAUUUAGCGUGCGCUGAAAGUGAAGGAGCUAGUUGUUCUGUCAGCUGUUAAAUUGACAGAUGCUCUGGUGGAGUUAGUCCUGUUGUGGUUUGUCUUACAUGUGGAAUUGUUGGGUGUAAUUGAGGCAUCAUGUUUGAUGACUGACUUCUUUAGAAAGCCAUAGAAACUUUUGUUAUUUGUUCUUGAAGUUUGGAAUAUGUUUGUAUUUGGCCACGUCUAAAAUAUUGUUUCUUAGUGCUGACUUACCCCUCCCCUGCAGUAGAGGCUUUAUUAUACUUUAAAAGCUAGUUUUCCUUAAAUAUAUUUCUUGAUAUCCUCUGUUGUAAGCCCUAGCACCAAACUGGAUAAUAUCUGUAUCAUUGCCUUGUUUAUUGGGUUUAAAUCCUACUACUGUAAAUUGGAAAUUUCUUUUGUGCCCUCCACAGCUGUCCUCCAAUAAUACUUCUUACACUUUGCAAAUGGAGGACGUAGCCAAGGACUUAACUUCGGGGACUGUUGGGGGGGUAGCACAGUUGAUUUGUGGACACCCCUUUGACACCAUCAAGGUCAAGCUCCAGAGCCAGCCUGCUCCACACCCUGGUCAGCCCCUCAAAUAUUCUGGUGCAAUGGAUGCUGUCAAGCAAACAUUUGCAGCAGAAGGCCCAAAGGGCUUUUACAAAGGCAUGGGAGCACCCCUUGCCACUGUGGCUGCCUUCAAUGCCGUCCUCUUCACAGUGAGGGGACAAAUGGAGGCAUUAUUGAGGUCUCAGCCUGGUGCACCCCUAACAGUUAACCAGCAGGUUGUCUGUGGAGCUGGGGCUGGACUCGCGGUUUCCUUUCUAGCUUGCCCCACUGAAUUGAUCAAGUGCAGAUUGCAAGCUCAGAGCGUAUUGGCAGAGUCUGGCUCAGGUGCCGUGGCAGUGAAGUAUGGUGGCCCAAUGGAUGUGGCAAGGCAGGUUCUCAGAUCAGAAGGGGGUGCUGUGGGUCUCUUUAAGGGCUUGGUUCCCACCCUGGCUCGUGAAAUACCUGGAAAUGCUGUAACGUUUGGUGUCUAUGAAGCCCUGAAGCAGUUUUUAGCAGGUGGCCAAGACACAUCUGGGUUGGGAAAGGGCUCUUUAAUUUUGGCGGGAGGCUUGGCUGGUGCUUCCUUCUGGGCUGGUGUCUACCCAACUGAUGUUAUCAAGAGUGUAAUUCAGGUGGAUGAUUACAAAAAUCCAAAGUAUAACGGUUCUUUCGAUGCCUUGAGAAAGAUCCUGGCAUCAGAGGGAGUCAAAGGCCUAUACAAGGGUUUUGGACCUGCCAUGGUCCGUAGUGUUCCAGCAAAUGCAGCAUGUUUCUUGGCAUACGAGGUGAUGAGGUCUAAUUUGGGAUGAUCAUUCUCCACUCGCCAAAUGGUGCCUAAAGGAUGGGCCAAACAUAGCAGAGUGACGACCCAGGAGUGGAUUUCGCAUUGGCAUGGGGACAGGAGACAACCAUCUCGAUGGACAUCACGACCUAUAGGCAACACCGGCCAGUAGACGGGCGACAUGUUUAUCUUGUGUGACAAACUAUAGAGUGAGUGGCUCUUCUAGGCAGUUGGAUAUUUUAAGAAUGUUAGAAUACAAUUAUUCCAAAAACUCACUAUAGAGCGAGUGACUCUUCUAGGCAGUUGGAUAUUUUAAGAAUGUUAGAAUACAAUUAUUUCAAAAGCUAGAUUUUUGUUUCUCUAGCCAUAUUAUUCUGUCCUGUUGUUUUUAAUUCAUGUAUUGACCUACCCUUUCUAUUCUAAUGAAUUAGCUAACUAUAGUUUUCAUGAUU